AGUGGUGUGUCGGUUGUCGUCCGAGGUGGUGUGAAGUCGGACCGGUCCGGGACGAGAGGACAAGUCACCGGUGCAGUGCGGGGGAGAUUGGUAGCGGAUUUGUGCGGGGUAGAGUGACGGAACUGUCUAAAGGAGCGGUGCUGAGACAGACGGGACUGUCCGGAGGGAAAGUGAAUAGCUACAGAGAGACUGUGCGGGAUCGGGAAAGAAUCGUAACUGGCUGCUCGCUGGAGAACAGACGCGGACAGGAGCUUCCUGGAACAUAAACACAUCCUAUUUUGUUAUCGACGCAACUAAGAUGAUGUUGAAUGGUGUCUAAGUUUUAUCAAAAAACAAUGUUUUAGUAAACAGUACGAUAGUUUUAAGUCAGCUAUAGUUGGACGUUAACUACAGUUGGAUCGGUGAUGGAAUUUUUAAAGAUGAGAAUGAAAGGGACAAAUCAUAUUUGCGAGAGGCUGUAACGGGCAUUAAAACGGUAGUUAGAGCGUGAUUGUAACAAACUGAGAGCCAUUUACGCCAGCUGGCGGCUGAGCCAUUGCCGAAGUUUUGACUGGCAGAGGCAGCCGCUGAGACACUGAGCAUCGGAUAUAUCUGACGAGACAGCGGAUCAGAAAUCAGAUCAGGAACUGGGCGCCCAGAUUUCUGCUGAGACUUUCAAUAGCCGAGUGGGCUGAGAGAGCAGGUGAAGCAGCGAUAAGUUGAGACAGCCCGAAAUACUGUGGGAGUUCUGUGACGUGCCGCGGUAAGUUUGGAUGGCGUUUGAAAUGCCGUGAGCUACGUGACGUGCCGGGGAAGUUCAGACAGUGUUUGGAAUACCAUCAGUCGUGUUCCGUGCAGCGUCGCAUGGCAGGUGCGGAUCGCCGAUCGCCUUACAUCAGCCGGCACGUGUCAAAGGAUUAACAUCGGGCCGGCUCGCUCGGCGGUGGCGUGUCGCCGUCACCAUGGAACGCUCUCACAGAUACGAGAGGCAGCAAGUCAUCAUGUCAAUAGUUUUUGUGACAUUUGUACUCAACCAGGCAGACGCCGACUGGAGUCAGCUGGGCGGCAGCGGGUUCCGCAUCGAGCCCGACCCGGUCCUGAAGAGCCGCCGUCUGUGGCACAGCUCCGGUGGAGAGCCGGCCAUCUCCAACGUCACAGCUCAGCUCGGCGGCACCGCGUUCCUGCACUGCACAGAGCCCAGUCGACCGCUCGACCGGCCCGCCGAGGUGUCGUGGCUCCGGCGGCGCGACUGGCAUCUUCUGACCUCCGGAAGGACGCGCUUCACUCACGACCAUCGGUUUCACAUUUAUCACGACCCAGUGGUGGGCAGUUGGGUGCUCAAGAUCAGCCACGUGCGAAGUCGAGACAGAGGGCUCUACGAGUGUCAGAUUUCGACGAGCACCGGCCGGCUAGCCCAGCUGGUACACCUGCACGUGGUACAGCCCGUGGCAGACAUCCACGGCAGUGGCGUGUACCACGUGGAGAGAGGCUCCUCGAUGAGCCUCACCUGCUCCGUCAAACAGGUUGUGUCGUCUUCCAUUUUAGUGGUGUGGCACCAUAACGGCAAGGAGUUCAACCCGUACACGCUCCGGCCAGACAUGAAGGUGAGCGUGCGACACUCACCACACAAGACGACCAGCACCCUGACUAUACGGGACGUGCGUCUCUCCGACGGCGGCAACUACACCUGUACGGCCGGCACCGCACGGGCCGCCAGCGUCGCCGUCUUCGUGUCACAAGGCGACACAGUGGCGGCCGUCCAGCGGAGAAAGGCCGCCAGCUCGGCGGCACGGGGUCUCAGGCCGGCAGCUCGCGCGGCGCUGGCCGUCCUGCUGGCCUGCGUGCUGAUGGAGAGCAUUCUCCGGUGAGCCGCCGCCCGCUGCAGCGACCCGACAGCCGGAGAUCGCGAAACGCUCGGUGUUUGACUGUACCUGAGUGUGUCGUAUGCUGUUUUCCGGCGGCUGGCUGGCCGUAAUGUAUGUGUGAUAUUCGUGCGUCGGCGGCUCCGACCCGAUCAGUCACCGUCACCUCGGAUUGACCCGGCCGGGCUGACGUCACCGGCCGACCUCGGCGACGGUCCCGGCUGCCGCCGCCGAGCGAACUGUGACGCGGCACGUGAAAUAUGAUCGCAAACCACUCCCGGCGAGGUCGGUGGGCGUAUUCAGAGCACGACGGCUCUGAAUUGUUCUCGCGGACGCCCGACGCGCUGUCUGGGAGUUCCAGGGUCUAGCCGACCGCUCGGGUCGGGUGACUGAUGUAGGAAUUGUGCGUCGGGUGACCAGUGCUGGAAAAGCGAGGGACUGCGGCUUCCAGUGCUUGAUCAGUGAUAGACACGACUGCUGCUGUAGUGUUCAGCGAUCUGACAAAGUCCCUGUCGUUGACCGGGGGCCAGACGUACCCACUGUCGGUGGUCAGAGGCCGGACUUGACCCCUGUCGACGGCCAGAAACUCGAAGGAAGACCCGACUGCGGUCGGACGCGCCGCCCACGCCCGGUUUCUGGUUGGAAUCGCGUUACAAAUGACCGAGCUGAUGAGCUCUGUCGUAGUUAGCAGAACGACUGAUGAGAAUGGCAGCCAUCGCCGACCGUCGCGACCUCGUACAUCGGCCUCUGAUUUGCAUGAUGUCCGCGGCGGACGAUCUUCAUGGGAACUGCCAACAUUCCUUCGGCGACUCGUGACACUUAUCUUUUGAAGUACCAUAAAUGUGGCGACUGGAUAUCUACGAUGCUAUGUGAA